GAAUCAAAAGCUAAUUGCAGGAGAAAGGAACAACAAAACAAAUAAAUCAAUGGGGAGGAAGAAGGGAUUGCCGGAGUUCGAAGAGACGGCGCCGGAUGGCUUCGAUCCGGAGAACCCGUACAAGGAUCCGGUGGCGAUGGUGGAGAUGAGAGAACACAUAGUUCGUGAGAAGUGGAUCCAUAUCGAAAAGGCUAAGAUCUUGCGCGAGAAGGUCAAAUGGUGUUACCGCGUCGAAGGCGUUAACCAUUACCAGAAGUGUCGCCACCUCGUCCAGCAGUAUCUCGACGCUACUCGCGGCGUCGGAUGGGGCAAAGACCACCGUCCUAUCUCUCUCCACGGUCCUAAACCGGAGGCUGUUGAAGCUGAAUAAUGUUUGUGCCCCUUCUGAUUGAUCUUCGAGUGGCUUAGCUUUGGGGAAAAUGGAGACGCAUGUGGAUGAUUGUUGAUAUCGAUCCGGUUGCAAUCACGGAGCUUAAAAUUAGUCAUAUUUGAAUUUUCUUUGGUGAUUUAAGGGAUGGGACAUGUUUUGGACUGUAAUAAAUGAAUUGAUAGAUCUUGGUGUGAUUCUCAGUUUUUGGAACACUUGGGGACAUAUUGUUGGUUAUAGAUACCAAUCCGGUUCGCAUUCGUGUCCAUCUUUACUCUGCAAUAGAGUUAAACCUAGUCACGGAUUUUCAUUGAUGAAUUGAAGAGAUGGGACAUGUUUUGGACUGGAUUGGGUUUCAAGCAUUUUGAUUUUUGAUUGGUGAGAACU